AUGCUCAAAUCCGAUGCGUGCCAUCUGAACGGCCUAUCGGAUGAGGACACGUGGCACAAGGAGGAGUGCCCCAAGGACCGAGGAGGGUACUUCAUCGUUCGGGGGAUGGAGAAGGACCGAGGAGGGUACUUCAUUGUCUGGGGGAUGGAGAAGGUGAGGGGGGAGAGGGAUAUGGGGGAAGGGAAUGGGGGAGCAGGAGAGCGUAGCUCGUGCGAGCAUCCAACACCAUCCUCGUCGAGACUGCUCCCCACCUUAUUCGGCCUCGGUCUGUCUCCCAUUCCGUUUCCCCACCUCACCUCCCCUUGUGCACCCACAGGUGGUGAUUCCCCAGCUCGUGGUGAUUCCCCAGCUCGUGCGAGCAUCCAACACCAUCCUCGUCGAGACUGCUCCCCACCUUAUUCGGCCUCGGUCUGUCUCCCAUUCCGUUUCCCCACCUCACCUCCCCUUGUGCACCCACAGGUGGUGAUUCCCCAGCUCGUGCGAGCAUCCAACACCAUCCUCGUCGAGACUGCUCCCCACCUUAUUCGGCCUCGGUCUGUCUCCCAUUCCGUUUCCCCACCUCACCUCCCCUUGUGCACCCACAGCUCGUGCGAGCAUCCAACACCAUCCUCGUCGAGACUGCUCCCCACCUUAUUCGGCCUCGGUCUGUCUCCCAUUCCGUUUCCCCACCUCACCUCCCCUUGUGCACCCACAGGUGGUGAUUCCCCAGCUCGUGGUGAUUCCCCAGCUCGUGCGAGCAUCCAACACCAUCCUCGUCGAGACUGCUCCCCACCUUAUUCGGCCUCGGUCUGUCUCCCAUUCCGUUUCCCCACCUCACCUCCCCUUGUGCACCCACAGGUGGUGAUUCCCCAGCUCGUGGUGAUUCCCCAGCUCGUGCGAGCAUCCAACACCAUCCUCGUCAAGACUGCUCCCCACCUUAUUCGGCCUCGGUCUGUCUCCCAUUCCGUUUCCCCACCUCACCUCCCCUUGUGCACCCACAGCUCGUGCGAGCAUCCAACACCAUCCUCGUCGAGACUGCUCCCCACCUUAUUCGGCCUCGGUCUGUCUCCCAUUCCGUUUCCCCACCUCACCUCCCCUUGUGCACCCACAGGUGGUGAUUCCCCAGCUCGUGCGAGCAUCCAACACCAUCCUCGUCGAGACUGCUCCCCACCUUAUUCGGCCUCGGUCUGUCUCCCAUUCCGUUUCCCCACCUCACCUCCCCUUGUGCACCCACAGGUGGUGAUUCCCCAGCUCGUGCGAGCAUCCAACACCAUCCUCGUCGAGACUGCUCCCCACCUUAUUCGGCCUCGGUCUGUCUCCCAUUCCGUUUCCCCACCUCACCUCCCCUUGUGCACCCACAGCUCGUGCGAGCAUCCAACACCAUCCUCGUCGAGACUGCUCCCCACCUUAUUCGGCCUCGGUCUGUCUCCCAUUCCGUUUCCCCACCUCACCUCCCCUUGUGCACCCACAGGUGGUGAUUCCCCAGCUCGUGGUGAUUCCCCAGCUCGUGCGAGCAUCCAACACCAUCCUCGUCGAGACUGCUCCCCACCUUAUUCGGCCUCGGUCUGUCUCCCAUUCCGUUUCCCCACCUCACCUCCCCUUGUGCACCCACAGGUGGUGAUUCCCCAGCUCGUGGUGAUUCCCCAGCUCGUGCGAGCAUCCAACACCAUCCUCGUCGAGACUGCUCCCCACCUUAUUCGGCCUCGGUCUGUCUCCCAUUCCGUUUCCCCACCUCACCUCCCCUUGUGCACCCACAGCUCGUGCGAGCAUCCAACACCAUCCUCGUCGAGACUGCUCCCCACCUUAUUCGGCCUCGGUCUGUCUCCCAUUCCGUUUCCCCACCUCACCUCCCCUUGUGCACCCACAGGUGGUGAUUCCCCAGCUCGUGGUGAUUCCCCAGCUCGUGCGAGCAUCCAACACCAUCCUCGUCGAGACUGCUCCCCACCUUAUUCGGCCUCGGUCUGUCUCCCAUUCCGUUUCCCCACCUCACCUCCCCUUGUGCACCCACAGGUGGUGAUUCCCCAGCUCGUGCGAGCACCCAACACCAUCCUGGUCGAGCCUGCACCUCCCCUUUCCGGCCUUGUCUGUCCAUCAUUCCUUCUCCUCCCCACCUCUGCUCCCCCUGUGCACCCACAGGUGGUGAUUCCCCAGCUCGUGAGAGCGCCCAACACCAUCCUAGUCGAGCCUGCACCGCCCCUUUCCGCUUCUGCUGCUGCCAGAGCUGCUUCGAUGUGCGGCGGGGCAGCAGACGGGGCGGGAGCGUGGAGGGACGAGUGGGUGGCGUCCGUUGUCUCUACUGAGGAUGAUAUGGGAGGGCUCAAGGCAGGACCACGGGCAAAAACAAGCUCAGCACCUGCAACUGCCACGUCAGCUGCAGCAGCUGCCACGUCAGAAACCAGCGCAAGCGCUUCCCGUAUCCUUCAAAUCCAUCUGCCAUAUUUCAGCUGCCCGGUUAAUCUCUUCCUCUUACUCCGUGCUCUGGGAGUUCGGUCAGAUAAGGAAAUCUUUGAAAUGAUUCUCGGGCACCCACUGAAAGAAAGUGAGGGCAUGGUGGGGGGAGGGGAAGAAAGGGGAGGGAAUGGGUCUGGUAGUGUGAGAAGAGGGGGGGGGCGAGAAGCGGGAUUAGGUGAAGAAGAGGAGGGAGGGGAGAGGGGGGAGGAGGGAGAGGAUGAGGGAGAGGAGGAAGUAGAGAGGGGUGCGUGGUUUAAGGCAAAGAGACACAAGAGAGCAGCGAAUGUUAUUGUGAUAGAUGACAGUGAUGAUGAUGCUGAUGGCGCAGCAGCAGAAGCAGCUCCUGCUGGUGCUGCUGGGGUUUCCACUGGUGGUGGUGGUGAUGGGGGAAGGGGAGGAGAAGUAGGCUGCUCUUGCAUCUCUCGAGUUUCUGACGCACAACAACAGGCUCUCGGCUUCAGUUCAGACAGUGCAUGUAUGUGCGCAUGCAAGGAGAGGAGGAAGGGGCUUCUGAGUUAUCUGAGGAGGCUGCAGUUCUGUGCGUUUGUGAACAGGGACUGCAUCUCACUGCAAUUGGAGCCGGCUCUAUCAACCGGAAACUGGCACCGGCCUGGGAGCUACGGCCGAGCCAAAGGCGGCAGGUUCGGCAGCAGCAGCCAGGGCAGGUUCGGAAGCGGGUGGUACGGGACGAGCAGCAGCAGUCUGCAUGCGAGUGAGCCGCUCAACCGGCUGUCUGCUGCGGCAGCAAUGUCACACCUGAGGAGGAUGGAGGUGCCUUCCCAUCGGUCCAACACCUCUGCUGCUGCCCGGCAGAUUCACACGACAUUCUUUGGUCGCAUCUGCCCUCUUGAAACCCCCAAGUCCGAGGCGAUAGGGUUUUCCCUCAACCUCGCCCUUGCUGCCUGCGUCUCUGGGGGUGGGGGGGAGGAGGAAGGAGAUGAUAAGGAGGACGAGAAGGAUAAGAGGGAAGACGGGAAAGACAAGGAAAGAGAUGGUGCCAAAGCGGUUGAGAGUGGUGAUGAUGAUGACAUUUGGGCUUUGGACGACAUUGGUGACGGUGCUGAUAACGCUUGGGCUUUGGACAAUGAUGGUGGUGAUAGUGAUGAUGGUCGUGGUGGUGGUGGUGUGAGAAAGGUUACGGGAGAGGGACGCGUUGCAGCAAGAGGUGGUGGGAUGCAGGAGAAUGGAAUUGCGAUGGGUGUGAGCGGUGACGUGGCGUUUGGUGAUUGGUGGCUGGUGAAGGAACUGCAGACACGUGGCAUGGUCUUGCUAGAGGGUUUAAGAGAGAGGAGAGAGGGUGAGGGUGUGAGAGGAGGAGGAGGAGGAGGAGGAGGAGGAGGAGGAGGAGGAGGAGGAGGAGGAGGAGGAGGAGGAGAAGUGUGGGUGAAUGGGCGGCCAGUCGGGUGGCAUGCUGACCUGGCAGAGCUGACUAGGCAGAUGAGGAGGAAGAGGCAAAAAGGCGCCAAGAGAUACAGAGAGCUGGGCAUGGCCUAUCACCCCGCGCUGCACUCGCUCCACCUCGCCUCCUCCCCUGGUCGCAUCCUCCGGCCCUUGCUGCUGCAACAGCCACCCAUCGACCUGCCUCACAGUACCAGCAGCAGCAACAGCCACGGCUGGCAGCAGGCAUGGCAGGGCAUGCUCGCAUCAGGGGCAGUGGAAUAUCUAGACGCAGCAGAGGAGGCGGCAAACUGCCUGCCCGCCCCAGCAGAACCCUUUCUUGCUGCUGAGCAGCACAGCAAGGGAUUCGUCGUGGCAAGCCCGAAGGAUGAAAACUGUGCAGCACGGGAUGCUCGGCAGCAGUCUCCAGACUCUACCCUGUCUCUGUCAUCGUUUCUGGACUCGCCUGGUUUGGCUGCAUCUGCUCGCUACUCCCACGUGGAGAUUCAUCCGGAGCUGGUGUUUGGAGUCAUUGCGUCGGCUCUGCCGUUUGUGAAUCACAAUGGUGUUUCUCGCAGCACCGGGGCUGCUCACAUGUUCAAACAGGCCAUGGGCGUGUCAGCAUACAACCUCCCCCAUCGCUCCGACCGCACGCUCUUCGCACUGCACUACCCGCAGAGACCACUCGUUGCAUCCAGAAUUGCUGAACUCGCCACAGGCCUUUCAGACUUCCCCAAUGGGCAGAACGCCAUCGUCGCUGUCAUGAGCGCUGGAUACAACCAGGAGGACGCGCUGAUCGUCAACCAGGCGUCGGUCGACAGAGGGCUGUUUGGCAGCACCACGUUCAGAAGCUUCGUGGAAGAGGAGGGCAAGGCUGGUCGGGGCAAGGUGGAAGUGACCUGGAGGUUCGGCAAACCGAGCCUGGACGGGGGGGCAGGAGCGGCUUGGCCCGGGGCUGCUGAGCCUGCUGGUUUGGGAGUUGGUGGGGAGGAGCGGGAGGAUGGGGAGGAGGAGGGGGAGGAGGGGGAGGGGAAGGAGGGGGAGGAAUGGGAGGAGAGGGGGGGGGGGGAAGGAGCGGAAGUAGCUGCUGCUUCAGGAAAAGCUGGGCGUGCGGGAUGGGAUGCGGAUGGUCUUACCGAUAGUGAUAAUGAUGCUGCUGCUGGUGCUGGUGCUGGUGCUGGCGGUGGUGCUGGUGCUGCUGUUGCGACUUCCGAGGCACCUCAAAAGGUGGCUGCAGGGAAGGCUGGGCGUGCUGGGUGGGAUGCGGAUGGUCUUACUGAUAGCGAUGAUGAUGGUGGUGCUGGUGGUGGUUCCAAUGGUGGUGAUGGUGGUCGGCGAAGGAGGGGAAGGAGAGGUGGACAAGAAGAGGCACGACCCAUUCGAGCCAAGGCAGAGCCCAUUGAUCUCACACAAGAUGAUGGUGCUGACGUGGCGAUGGCACAGGCUGGCGAGAAGGAGGCCACGUGGCAAGGUGAUGAUGAUGUGGCGGUCAAGCGAGAUGAUGACGUGGCAGUGAUUCAAGAGACGGGUGCAUGGGGGAAGCAAGCAGGAGGGUCAGGGGCAGCAGCAGCAGAUGCUGAGAUGCGUCAGAAUGAAGAAGGAGCAGAAGCAGCAGAAGUAGGAGCAGGGGCAGGAACAACAGGAGGAGAAGGAACGGCAGCAGGGUGGGGUGAGAGGAGUGAGAGGGAGGAGUGUGGGAAUGGUGGUUCGGGCGGAAGUGAGAGGGUGGAGGGUGGGGGUGGUGGGUGGGGUGGGAGUGAAGCAGCAGGCGAGGCAGGUGGGGGUGUUGGUUGGGGUGAGGGUGAUGGUACUGCUGCUGCUGCCGCUGGUGCGGAUAACAGUGGUGGUGGGUGCGGGAGUGAUGCUGCUGAUGCUGCUGCUGGUGCUGAAGGUGGGGAGGAUGGUGAUGGUGGGUGGGGUGGUGGUAAUGGUGAGGGUGAUGGUGCUGCUGCCGCUGGUGCAGAGAACGGUGAUGGUAUUGAUCGUGGCGGUGUUGGUCGUGAUGGUAUUGGUCGUGAUGGCAAGUGGGGGAGUGCUGCUGCUGAUUCUGCUGCUCGUAGGGACGGUGGCGAUGGUUGGGGUGGUGAUGCGGGUGGGAGUGGUGAGGGUGGCGCAUGGGGUAAUGAGGAGGAUACAGGAAGAGUGGGACGAGGGGCAGCAACAGCAGAAGCAGAAGCAGGGGGAUGGAGUGCAAGGGCCCAGGAGGGGCACGCGGGUGGUGGGUUGAAUGACAGUGGAGGAGGGGAAGGAGGGGGAGGAGGGGGAGGGUGGGGUGCUGCUGCUGGCGCUAGUGGCGCUGAUAAUGGUGGUGCUGCUGGUGAUGAUGGUGCUGCUGAUACUGCUGGUGUUGCUGGUCGUGGUGGUGGGUGGGGGAGUGGUGCUGCUGAUGCCGUGCGGGCGGAGGAAGAGGGGAAGGAGAGGGAGGAGGAGAAGGAGGGGGGGGAGAGGGAGGAAGGGGAGGAGCGGGAGGAAGGGGAGGAGAGGGAGGAGGAGGAGGAGGAGGAGGAGGAGGAGGAGGAGGAGGAGGAGGAGGAGGAGGAGGAGGAGGAGGAGGAGGAGGAGGAGGAGGAGGAGGAGGGUGGUGGUGCUGGUGGUGGUGCUGGUGGUGGUGCUGGUGGUGCUACUGGUGGUGCUGCUGGUGGUGCUGCUGGUGGUGCUGCUGGUGGUGGGGGUGCUGCCGCUGGUGCUGUGGGGGUGGUUGGGGUGGUACGAAUGAUGCUGCUGCUGCUGGUGGUGGUGCUGGUGAGGGUGGGGGUGGGGCGGGAGGGGGGUGGGGAGGAGGUGGUGGAGAGGGGGGAUGGGGAGGAGGUGGGGGAGGGGGAGGAGGGUGGAGCGGGGGAGGUUGGGGUAAGGAGAGAGGGCAGAGUGAGGGUGAUGGGGCUGGUGGGAACACAAGAGAUGGAGAGGACGGGUGGGGAGGAGGAGGGGGUGGAGGGGGUGGUGGGGAUGGUGGGGAUGGGUGGGGAGGCGGAAGAGGAGGUGGGGAUGGGUGGAGAGGUAGAGAGGAUGGGGGAGACGAGGGCGGACGGGGGGAAAGGGGGUGGAGGGGGAGGGGAGGAAGGGAGAGGGGUCGCGGGAGGGGAAGGGGAAGGGGGAGGGGAAACGAUUCGUCGGGAGACAGGGAGCAAGGGGAUGGGGGGGUCGAUGGAGGAGGGGGGACUGGAUGGGGGGGAGGCGGAUCGGGGGGAGGUGGAUGGGGGGGAGGAGGGGGAGGCGGAUGGGGGGAAGGUGGGGAAGGGGAAGGUGGAGGGGGAGGAGAGCGUGGGUUCAGGGGAGAUAGAGAUGGGGGGAACCGAUGGGGGGGAGGAGGGGGAGGCGGAUGGGGGGGAGGUGGGGGAGGAGAUGGGGGAGAAGAGGAAGGGAGAAGCUUUGGGGGAAGCGAAAGAGGCAGGGGCAGGGGCAGGGGCAGGGGGAGGGGCAGGGGGAGGGGAAGAGGAGACGGGGAUUUCCAAGGAGGGAGAGGUGGUGGAGGGAGAGGGGGGCGAGACUAUCAUGGGGAGCGGAGCGAACGGAGGGAGCGGCCGAAGAGAUGGGGAGGAGGAGAAAGUUUGUAGUGUCAUGGUGUCACAGGGGGAGGGGGGAGGCGGCAUACUGUCCCGUCUGACUGCCACAGGGGAGGAAGAGCAAUUUCGUAGUCUCAUGGUAUCACAGGUGGAGGGGGGAGGCGGCAUAGUGGACACUGCUCUCAUGGUGCUGAGAGUUUUGAGACAUCUCAAAACGACUUUUGAGACGUCCCAAAAAGGGGGAGGCGGCAUAGUGGAUGCUGCUCUCAUGGUGCUGAGAGGCGCCACAGGGGAGGAGGAAAAAGUUCGUAAUCUCAUGGUGUCCCAGGUGGAGGGGGGAGGCGGCAUAGUGGAUGCUGCUCGCAUGGACACAGACAGACACGGCGUGCGGCUUGGCAGGGUUCGUCUGCGCGCCACACUGCGACCAGAGGUGGGGGACAAGCUCACGAGCAGGCACGGGCAGAAGGGGGUCAUUGGCCGCGUGCCGCCCUCCCACGACCUGCCCUGGUUUGACGGUGUUGCCAGAAUCAGUUCCUCUUUUAAAGCCCCUGCUGCUGACAGUGCUGGUGCUGGUGCUGUAGCAGCAGCAGCGGUGGGAACGCCACUAGGGGUGGUACCAGAUAUGGUGAUCAACCCACACGCGCUGCCCUCCCGCAUGACACUGGGGCAAGUCAUGGAAGCACUGUUCGCCAAGGUAGCAUGCUCCCCCGUGCAAGAGAUAAGCAGCAAUAAAAGCAUCCCCUCCUUCUCCGCCUGCUCCUCUGACCUCUGGGGCUCGGACCUACUCUCUGAAGCACAGCAGCGGCUGCGCAGCUACUCGCCGUUAGACUUGGGCAAGGACGUUGCAUACUGUGGGGAAACGGGCCAAGAGAUGGAGGGGAGGGUGUUUGUCGGCCCUACGCACUACCUGCGACUGAAACAUCUGGCAGCUGACAAAAGAGCCACAAGGGCCAUAGGGACCAAGCAG